GGGACCCCUGGACCCGCUGGGGCUGGACCCCGGCAGAUUGAAAAUAAAGGAAUAGAAAAAGAUAUUUCAGGCAAGUGGAAAUGAAAAAAAAAAGUUUGGAAAGUGCCCUGGAUCCUUUUAGGACAUUUGGUCUUUUGGGCACAACACAAAUUGAGUGAGGGAAGAAGGAGAAAAAUCCGCUGGAUCCCUGCAGGAUUAAUUUAUUCAAAAAGGAAAUAAUAGAAAAAUACUCAACAUGCAAAAGUCUUGUGAAGAAAAUGAAGGAAAGCCAUAGAACAUGCCAAAGGCUGAGGAAGACCACCCUUCAGAAGAUGUUCCACAGGAGGCAGAAGGAAACCUUAGAAGCGGGUUGACUCAACCUGUGCAGGCAUUCAAAGAAGACACUCCCAUUAGGCAUUUGAACCCUGAAGAAAUGCUAAGAGGAAUAUAUGAAUUGGAAAGGCUUAGAGAAGAAAUAAGAGUAAGAAACAAGUUUGUGAUGAUGCAUUAAAAGCAAAGACAUUCUCGCGGACAACCUUAUCCUGUGUGCUUUAGGCCUUGAAUUCUUUUUUUUUUUACCUGAUAGUAAAAUCUGGCCCCUGCUUUCUGUUAGCAUAUUCUGAUGUAUCUUUUAUCUUCAUUUUACUUUUCAUCUGGUAGAAUUUUGUUUUAGAUAGUUUACUUGUUAACCAGCAUCUUACUGGAUUUUGUAUUUUGACCCAUUCUCCAGGUCUAUUUUUCAACUAGGAAGUUUUACACAAAGGCAUGAAAAUAUGUUCAUUCCAUAUUGUAAAGUAACAUAAGUUACAAAGCAUAUUUAGUAUCAGCUCACAUAUGUACGAUAAAAAUCCCAAGUGGUGUGUUUGCAUGCAUGUGUGUAUACAUAUAUAUAUACAUAUAUACAUCAGAAACUUAACUGUGCUCAUUUCUGUGUGGUGUGAGUUUUCUUUUUGCUAAUAUGUAUGUUUUAAUGUAUUCUUAUUGAUUUUUUAGAGAGAGGAAGGGAGAGCGAUAGAGAGUUAGAAAAAUGGAUGAGAGAGAAACAUGGAUCAGCUGCCUGUUGCACGCCCCCCACUGGGGAUCAA